CGAUUUCCAACGCGUUCACAACCCAAAAACAGUGCCAGGAAACAGCGCCCGGUUCGCAUGGCAGCUAUCUAUAUAAGUAUUUCGAGUGCUCGGCCGAUCGACGGUUAUAUUAAAGCUUUAUAAAUAUACAUAUGUGCGGCGGCCCUGCCUGCGUGCAUGAGACUCAAGAAAAAUAAGAAAAUUUGGAAGCGUUGCAGUGCGUGGAUGGUGGUAUUGAAGAUAGUGUAAACAAAUAUAUGGUAGUCUCUGAACGGAGGCAGCCCUUUUCAUAUAUUUCCGAAAAGUCUUGCAUUUGAAAUCCGCUGGGAAGAUUUAUGGGCAGUGCGCUGUUAUUUAGCAAGAAAAACUAUGCUAUUUUUAAACCACAGCUAAUUUUUGUGAAGUGAAAGUUCCAAAAUUAAAUCAAACAAACCGUUGUGUGUGAUCGAAAGUGAAGAAAAGGAUAUACAUAUGUAUAUUUCUUAUUGAUGAAAUGAAUUAAUGCAUGGUGUAAUGGGCAGGUGAAUGCCGCUGAAUAAUCCCGAGCAAGACGCACAGAAUCCCGACCCGACGGUUACGCAACACAGCUGAAAGAUCCACACCAUCCACAUCCACGUCCACAUCCACAUCCAAGAGGCUGGCCCCAUUCCCCGUCGUCCAGCCGCAAAUUAUUCUAAAUGCGGAAGUAUUUCGUAAAAAGAAAAGCUGAUAAGUUGUACGAGAACAGAUGCAUCAUCUGUACCCAUCGCUAAAAGGCGAUCAGCUCUGCCCACUCGGCUUUCAUCCCCAGACUCGAUAUCCCACGCGAUGUAAGCGCUGCUUCCGGGAUUACAAAGAGCAUGGAGCCCGUAGAGCCGGCGAUGAGGUGGCUGCGUCCUCCCCAAAUCUUUCCGAUGCCCAGAGUUCGCGACCCUCUUCGCGGACGUGGACGUCAACUCAGAAUCUUACCAGCGCCAAUACAACCAACGGCAAUGAUAUAGAACUGAAAAAGCGCCCGCAAUCAUGGGCCUCCACGCCGGAUAUUGACGAGCCGGACGAUGCCGGACGCCGUCCGCAAGCAUCGACCACCAGUCGAGCAGCCGCCGUCGAGGAUCACAAUGUAGCUGUUACGGUGAAGCUGCCGGUGCCGCCACGGCGACACACAACCGCCUUAGACAUCAAGGAGGUGGAACCAGCUAUUACACCGCCAACCCGUGUCACAUCCUCACCCAGUAAAACUUCAAGUAUUCCAGAUGAGUUAGUCAUCCUAUCGACAGACAGUCUAGCAGAGCGUGUCCGCAAAAUGAAUCUUCUCAAGAAACAGCGCAGUUUGAACUCCAGGGAAAACAGUCGGGAGCGAUCCGUUCCUCGGAGAGAAGAAGAAAGUGAGUCUACAGCUGCCUCAGCACCCGUGGUUCCUGAUCGUCCAGAGCGCAGCAAGUCGGGGACUGCCCUAAAUCAGACGCCCCAAGCCGAGCUGAAGCGAGCUUCCCUGCCGCCAAAGAAAGUGGCGGUGCCAACCACCACGACUGCGUCCAGCAGCAGCAGCAGCACCAGCACCUCCCUAAAGAUCUCCACUUCCGUCAGCGGCGAAGUAAAGGCAUCAUCCUCGUUGAGUUCCUCGACUAGUUCAAGUUCGGUUCGUCGCAAGGAGACGGAUGCGGCGACGGCUGGCAAAGAAAUCAAAAGACAAACCGUACCGGCAGCAUCGGCAUCCAACACCAGCGCCAUGGCCACUUCAUCCAAGUCCCAGGACACGCAGGCUAUGCAGGACGAGGUGAAGACACUGCGACAGGAUCUGGAGUCGAUGAAGACACGGGCCGAAAGAGCGGAGCGAGACAAGAGUGACAUUCUUCUGCGGCGUCUGGCCUCCAUGGACACCGCCUCCAAUCGGACCGCUGCCUCGGAGGCGCUUGUUCUCCAGCAGAAGCUGAACGAAAUGAAGGAGCAACUGGAGCGCGUCAACGAGGACAAGCGCCGACUCAACCUGCGGAUGAAGGAGCUGGAGAACAAGGGCAGCGAGUCCGAGCUCCGUCGAAAGCUGCAGGCCGCCGAGCAGAUAUGCGAGGAGUUGAUGGAGGAAAACCAAAGUGCCAAGAAGGAGAUACUCAACCUGCAGGCCGAGAUGGACGAGGUGCAGGACACGUUCCGCGACGACGAGGUGAAGGCCAAGACCAGUCUGCAGAAGGACCUCGAGAAGGCCACCAAAAACUGUCGCAUCCUCAGCUUUAAGUUGAAGAAAAGCGAUCGCAAGAUCGAAACCCUGGAGCAGGAGCGCCAAAGCUCCUUCAACGCUGAGCUGUGCAACAAGGUCAAGAAACUGGAGGAGGAGCUGCGUUUCUCCAACGAGCUCACCCGGAAGUUGCAGGCCGAGGCCGAGGAGCUACGCAAUCCCGGCAAGAAGAAGGCACCUAUGCUGGGGGUCCUAGGCAAAUCCACGUCGGCGGAUGCCAAAAUCACCCGAGAGUCCCUCACACGUGGCGGCUCCCAGGAGGAUCCUCAGCACCUUCAGCGCGAGCUGCAGGACUCGAUUGAACGGGAGACGGACCUCAAGGACCAACUGAAGUUCGCCGAAGAGGAGCUUCGGCGACUCAGGGAUCGCGAGCGAAAGCGGGUUAGAUUCAGUUGUGGCACUCAAACCUCACCCGAUGCGUCCCAUGAGGUGAUGGCCUUCCCCCGGGGCACACAAACCGAGCCCGAAGUCCAGAGCGAAAUAUCUAGCGGUUCGGAGAACCUGGUGACCUCCAGAGAGGCGGUCACCCAAACUAAUUUUAAAACGAUCGAUAGUAAUGCUUCUGCGGAACUGCAAACCAUGCCGUCUCCAUUUGUGGGUCUUUUUCCACCUUCAUCGUCUGCCAGAGUGGGCCAGUCCAGAUCCUUGCUCUUCCCCAGCGCCAUUUCGCGUGUCCUUCUGAGUGGAGCAGGUCGCAAGCUGAGUCCCACACCGCAUCCCCAUCGACUGGCACCCGAAGUUCACGCCGAUCGCGACGAGGGAAUCUCCGACGAGGAUGAUCCCGCUGAGCUGAGGAUACUGUUGGAGCUAAACGAGCAGGAGGCCUCGAUCCUGCGGCUCAAAGUGGAGGAUCUGGAGAAGGAGAAUGCCGAGUCCAAGAAGUACGUGAGGGAACUGCAGGCCAAGCUGCGACAGGACAGCUCCAAUGGCAGCAAAUCCUCUCUGCUCAGUUUCGGCACCUCGUCCAGUGCGGCCGAAAAGAAGGUGAAGGUCCUCAACGAGGAGCUGGCCCAACUGCGCAGGACUCUUUUGGAAAAGGAGCAGGCUGCCGACACGCUGAAGGCUCAGCUCAGCAAGCUGGACACAAUCGAGGCCGAGAAUGAAAAGUUGGCCAAGGAAAACAAGCGUCUGCUGGCGCUGCGAAAGGCGAGCGAAAAGAAUGGAGAGGUGGAUCAGAAGGUGAAGGAGUCGCUGGCCUUGGCCCAGCGGGAAAGGGAUGAGCUGACGGCCCGGCUCAAGCGGAUGCAGUUGGAGGCGGAAGCCAAGUUGCCGCCCCGCACAGCCAAAAGAGUCAACGACCUGACGCCCAAGAGCCACCUUAAGAAGUGGGUGGAGGAGCUGGAGGACGAGAUAGGUGAGAUGCGUGUCAUGCUCAGUUCCAGUGGAACCGACCAACUCAAGGCUCUGCAAACGGCCAAGGGAACGCUGGAGGAGGAUCUUAGGAAGUGCAAGCAAAAACUGUCCCUCGCCGAAGGGGAUGUCCAGCGAUUGAAGCUGCUGAACGGAGCCAGCAGCAAAGUCAGCGAACUGGAACAGAAGCUCAAGCGAAGCGACGAGGACACCAAGAAGCUUAACUCAAAGCUGAAGGACUUGGAGGAGAAGGUCAAGAAGCAGGAGGCGCAGCUUAAGCUGGGCGAAACGACCAAGUCGUCUUGGGAGACGCAAAGUAAGCGGGAGAAGGAGAAGCUGUCCAGCCUGGAGAAGGACAUCGAAAAACAGGCCAAGGAGAAGGAGAAGUUGGAGGACAAGAUCACUCAGCUGGAUGCCGAUCUGGUCAGUGCCAAGAAGUCGGCCGAGAAGAGCAAGUCCAGUCUGGAGAAGGAGAUAAAGGAGCUCAAGACCAAGACGAGCAAAUCGGACAGCAAGCAGGUGCAGGACCUCAAGAAGCAGGUGGAGGAGGUUCAGGCCUCAUUGAGCGCCGAGCAGAAGCGCUACGAGGACCUCAACAACCACUGGGAGAAGCUCUCCGAAGAAACGAUUCUGAUGCGGGCCCAACUCACCACCGAAAAGCAGAGCCUCCAGUCCGAACUGAACGCCCACAGGCAGAAGAUCUCCGAAAUGGACACCAUCCGCAUCGAGCGCACCGACAUGGCCCGCAAGUUGAGUGAGGCCCAGAAGAAGAUCGCCGAUCUGCAGGCUAAGGCCCUCAAAUCCGUCAAUGGCAACGGGAGCGAGUACGAGCGCACCGUCCUCAAGAACAAGCUGGCCGAGAAGGAGCACGAGUACGAACGGCUGCGCCGGGAGAACGAGAUGAACAUCGACCUGGUCUUCCAGCUGCGCAAGGAUAACGACGAUCUGAAUGGCAAGCUCAGCGACUACAACCGGAUCGAGCAGGCACAAUCCUCGCUAAAUGGACACGGAGCGAGGCGUGAGGCGGAGAUCAGGGAGCUCAAGGAACAAUUACAGAGCACUGAACUGCAGAUGAAAUCCGAAGUGGCCACUGUGCGACUUCGCUAUGAGCAACAGGUUAAGAACCUUAGUGGAGAACUCAACUCGAUGCAGCGCCAAUGUGAACGCUUCAAAAAGGAUCGCGAUGCCUUCAAGCAGAUGCUGGAAGUGGCCCAAAAGAAGAUUGGCGACCUCAAGGCCAACAACACGGGAAGACAGAGUCGGGGCUCCAUGCACAGCAGCGAUGACGACGACAAGAGCAAGAUUGCCUAUUUGGAACAGCAGAUUGGCCAUCUAGAGGAUCAGCUGGUCGAAUCCCGCCUGGAAUCCAGUAAGAUUAAAACAGAACUCGUCUCGGAGCGCAGCGCCAACGAGAUCAAAAUAUCGGAGAUGCAGUCGAAGCUCAACGAGUUCGAGGAGGAACGCGUCAUCGGGUCGGGCAGCACCAAGCUGCCGGGCAUGAAGACCAAGCUGGAGCUGUCCUGGCAGAAGGAGCGCGAGGAUCAGCAGCGACUGCUUCAGGAAACCUCCACGCUGGCCCGCGAUCUGCGCCAGACCCUCUUCGAGGUGGAGCGGGAGCGCGACAAGGAGCGGCUGGAGUCCAAGCGGAAACUCGACCAGAUCAAGCGGGCCACCGAGGAGGAAAUGGAGGAGGGUCGCAAGAAGAUUGCCGAGCUGCAGUGCGAUCUUCUGGAGCUCCGCGAUGUCCACGCCAAACUCCGUACCUCCAACGAGAAAUUGAGACGCGAGCGUGAGCGCUACGAAAAAGAGCUGAUCAAACGACGCAUGGAGGCAGACGGAGGAGAUCGUAAGGUGGGUGCCCUCUUGCAGACCGUUGACGAGCUGGUGAAGAUUGCUCCCGACCUGAAAAUGGUUGGCAGCGGGGGAUCAGCGCGAAGCAGCAGCUCCGGCUACGACAAGAACUUGCGUCCGGACCAGCCGAAUGUGCGGCGCAGUCGCUCGCCGUCGCCCACCCUGAGCAGUUCCCAGAUCACCAGUGUCCUGGCCAGACUGGCGGAAGCCUCCGAGGAGCUGCGCAAGUUCCAGCGGGUGAACGAGGACGAACAGGAGCGCAGCCGGAUGAGGCGCAGUAAUCUGCGUCGGGCUGCCUCGCAGGAAAACGAUCCCCAUGGCAGCACCAGUUCAGUGGCCAGUGCUGCGGGUUCGCAGCGGGGCGGAAGUCGACUAUCCCGAAACUCAUCCAACAACGGCAGUCUGAUUCGGAAGAGCCUCUCACUGGAUCACUCCAUACAAAGGGAUCAGAAUAUUUGGCGUCAAGACGAUGGCAGUGUGUCCUCCAUGCAAUCUAUUGACUCCGAACUGGGUGGCCUGGUGAGGGACUCCAGCUUGGACUCACGCCUGGACUCGCGACUGUCCGGUGGAUCUACCCAGAGCGACAUACCGCGAGGACCACGCAAGAAAAAGAAGGGAAUCAUGGGCAAGCUGCGCAGCCUGACCAAAAGCAGUCGCAAUUCCGAGAGCGAGAUAUCAAUUCAAGGAUCGGACUCGGACAUCAGCGUUGCCAGUGACUUGAGAUCGAGCAAGAAGGAUCUUCGCGUCCGGCUCUCGGGAAUGUUCAAGCGCUCCGGCUCCAACUCUCGCAGCGAAAGCAUGGAACGGGCCGGAACCGAUCAGAGACCCGUGGCCGUCACUGUCGUGGGACAUCCUGAUGGACCACAACCCCGCGAGCCGCCACCUGCCAAUUCCCUCACGCCCAGACCCAUCCGUUCUAUUCCUAAGCCGCCCAGCGGCGGGGCACCCACCACACCAACCACAAGACGUCGAGUAGCCAAGUAGUCACCAUUGGUUAAUAGGUUUCAAUCUCUUAGGAUUCGUAAUAAUCGUAGCUGUAGACGUUCGAAUAAUCCUCGCCCUAUUGGCUUCCGGAUUGCAAAUUUUAGUCAUGCCAAGCCAUCAUAAUUAUUUGUUGUUUUUGAAUAGUUUACUACAUUAUUAUUUGAACUCUCAGCCGAAAUAAAGUCAUUUUUUUCAAAAAAAUUUUCAUUAA